GUGCGUCUCCCAAGGACCGGCCGAGACUUCCGUGCAUGGAUUCCAUGGUUCGGGCUCGCCCUCAUGAGCUGCCAUGCGCUGCUUGCCGGACGCUUCACCGGAAGUGCAGUUACGGAUGCAUGUUGGCUCCGUACUUCCCAGCCGACGAGCCCGAGAAAUUUGCGAGUGUCCAUAAGGUGUUUGGAGCUAGCAAUGUGAUCAAAAUGCUGCAAAUGGUGGAGGAUGGAAGGCGAGAGGAUGCUGUAAAAAGCAUGGUAUAUGAAGCUUAUUCAAGGCUUCGAGACCCUGUCUAUGGCUGCACCGCCGCCAUCUCCUACUUGCAGAAGCGCAUGGAAGAUCUUAAGGGGCAGCUGAAAACAACCACAGAGCAAUUCCUCGAGUCGCAAGAACAAAGAGAUCAACUAUUGAGAAUUCUCAUGGAUGCUCCCUGCCUAAAGCAAACCUAUCUUCCUGCUAGCAGCGUGGUGCACGACAGCGGUGGCAGUUUCAUGUUCGACAACAUGAUCCAUGACGGCCAUUACUAGAUUUUCAUGCAUAAUUGCCAGCUGAUAUAAAAAUCUGUGGUUCAGUCUUAAUCACUUCAUGUUGCAUCAAGUUAGAGAAGAUUUACAUAAUAUUUAGUCAGGUACAAGGAUAUUAUGUCCCAAGCAGAGGCAGCAUAAUCCAGGAAGUAAGCUAGAUGUUAUGAAAGUCCCAUGGAUCAACCUUAAUAACUCCAUGGUGCAUUAAGUGAGAGAGGAUUAGAUAUAAAUCAAGUUAGACGCAAGGAUAUCUGAAGCAAACGAAGCAGUAGUCAAGAAACACAGAUGUGAACUUCCUUUUCAAACUCUCAAAAGAGAAGAACAGUUCAAAAGCAUCUAAUUUCAUGAAACGGCCGUUGACUGUUCACAUAAUAGCAAUAAUAGUGAUCUUGUUAUUGUUA